UUAUUCAGAUCUGUGAUCCAGGAACUGCAGAACAUUUUUUCUGGUCCAGUCAGCAGAGGAGCAACGACACAUUUUUACCAAGUCUUUACAUCAACUUUAAAUUAGAAACGAAGCUUCACCUGAUCCAGAAGGUUUGAUUCAUAAACCUGGUUCUGGUAUUUUGACAAACUGAGGCGCCGACAUGAUGAGCCGACGGCAAGGAAACACGAUGGGUAGGAACUGCUGUGAAAACCCAAGCAGAACCUCCAAGCUGCCAGCAGGGGGAGUAGUUCUGCUGGUUCUGGUCGGUCUGCUGGCUGCUGCUGUCAUCGUCAUCUACAGACUCUCUGUUGCUGUUUUGAUGACCAAUCAAACCGUCCAAACCCUGAAAGAGGAAAAUGAAGCUCUGAAGAGAAAUCAAUCAGGAGUUAAUCUGAGCAGAACAAUGCAGGAAAAAUGUCCUCCACCUCCAACAUGUCCUCCACCUCCAACAUGUCCACCUCCAACAUGUCCACCACCUCCAACAUGUCCUCCACCUCCAACAUGUCCACCUCCAACAUGUCCACCACCUCCAACAUGUCCUCCACCUCCAACAUGUCCUCCACCUCCAAAAUGUCCUCCACCUCCAACAUGUCCUCCACCUCCAAAAUGUCCUCCACCUCCAACAUGUCCUCCACAUCCGGAAGUGAAACAUGAAACUUGCCUGAAAUGUGCAGCAGGAUGGGAGCAACAUGCAGGAAGCUGUUAUUAUUUUAACAACAGGAUGUCCUCCUGGACUGACAGCAGACGUUUCUGCCAACAUCAUGGAUCAGACCUGGUGAAGAUCGACAGCAGAGAGGAGCAGAUGUUCCUGCAAUCGAAACUGAAGAAGAAAAUUUAUACGCAUCUGGACGCGUUCUGGAUCGGACUGACGGACUCACAGACAGAAGGCAGAUGGUUCUGGGUGGACGGGUUACCUCUGGACCCAAGUUUAAGUUUCUGGUAUAAGGGAGAACCAAACAACUCGGCCGGAACGAACCCAGCUGGAGAGGAUUGUGGGAGAAUGGAGAAGAAUGGAAACGUCAAAGAUCUGAAUAAUUGGGAUGAUCAUUCCUGUCAUGUUCAACUCAAAAGUAUCUGUGAGAAACCAGCAGAAAUGUGAUUGUUUUUAUCAGGUACAAACAUUUAAGACGUUUUCUUUCUGUCUGGACUGAAUUAAGAUGCAAAAAGUCAGAUUUAAAUUUAGACUUUUAAUUUACUUUCACAUGAUGUGUUAUUGCUGAUUGGAGAUUUAUAAAUAAACUAAAUAGAAAAUAAAAUCCUGCUGCUAUAAA